GUCAAAACAAGACGAGCAGACAUGAGCACCUUCAGCAUCUGGAUUCUCUUAGUGCUGGUAGCAGCGGCAUACGCAGUCCCCCUGUCAGCCCAAUCAGCCGCAGACGAACACAACGACCAUGUAGCAGAGAAAUACUUGAAGCGAUUCUACAAUCUGACGGAGGAGUCGACUCCCUCGGCCAGACGGCUGAUGAGCCAAAGAAGUCGCAUCCUGAGUGAGAUGCAGAGCUUCUUCAAACUCAAGGUGACCGGCGUUCUGGACGAGGAGACGCUGGAGAUCAUGAGGAAGCCCAGGUGUGGCGUACCUGAUGCAGUCGCCCGCUACAGCACCUUCGGACACAACCUCAAAUGGCAAACAAACAAGCUCACAUACAGGAUUGUGAACUACACGCCAGACCUGCCCACAUCAGAAGUGGACAGCGCCAUCGAGAAAGCCCUGCAAGUCUGGGCACAGGUGACUCCCCUGAGGUUCACACGCAUCUACGCUGGCACGGCUGACAUCAUGGUCUCCUUCGGCAGCAGAGACCAUGGAGAUUUCUACCCAUUCGAUGGGCCUGGUGGCACCUUGGCUCAUGCAUUCGCGCCCUCUCAAGGAAUUGGAGGAGAUGCUCAUUUUGAUGAGGACGAGACCUUCACUUUCCGCUCCUAUCCAGGUUAUAACUUGUUCCUGGUGGCUGCCCAUGAGUUUGGUCAUUCUCUGGGCCUGUCCCACUCACAGGACGCAGGGGCGCUCAUGCAUCCCGUCUACAGCUACAGAGACCCCGACACCUUCCUGCUGCCACGGGACGACGUCAACGGGAUCCAGUCUCUCUACGGUUCCAACCCUGACGUGGAUGUAGUCAAACCAGAACCAGAACCUCCCACGACUCCCAACGCCUGUGAUCCCCAGCUGGUCCUGGAUGCUGUCACAACUCUACGCGGAGAAAUGUUCUUCUUCAAGGACAGCUUCUUCUGGCGUAGCACCUCUUACAGCAGAAGAGCAGAGCAACACCUCAUCAAAAGCUACUGGCCUCUUGCCCCUAACAACAUCGAUGCAGCUUACGAGAGCCGAUCAUCAGACCGAGUUUUCCUCAUCAAAGGCAGAAAAGUUUGGGCCCUUCACGGCUACAACAUUGAGAGUGGCUACCCGAAGAGCCUCCACAGUCUUGGACUCCCCAUGUCUGUGAAGACGGUCAAUGCUGUCUUCCAUGACCAACAGUCUGGCAAGACCAUAUUCUUUACUGGCAACUACUACUACAGUUAUGACGAGAACAGAAGGGACAUGGACCAGGGUUACCCCAAACUGGUGGAUGAGCGGUUCCCCGGAAUGACAGGAGAGGUCACUGCUGCCUUCCAGUAUAGAGGCUUCACCUACCUCUACAGUGGGCCCCACAUAUUUGAGUUCAGUUUCAGCAGCAAGAGGCUGUUUCGUGUCCUGAGGAACAGCUACUUCCUGAGAUGUUAGAUCAGAUUUCUAUGGUCAUCACGACAAACUGUCAAAUGAUCGAUUUCAUGGGUUUACUAUUCCAUUACUUAAAUGAUAAUAUAUAUUUUAUAAUUUUUUGAUAAUAUAUUUUUUUCAAUGAACACUAUGAAUAUUUAAGAUCUAUGUAAAAUAUAGAGCUAUCCUUGUUUUAUGUCAGACAUGUUUAAAAUUGCUCCAAUAAUGAAUUAUGUAAUAAUAAUUAUAAUAAUGUGAAGAUUUGAAUGUUUUUGCACCGUAGUCCAAUGGUAUGGUUUUGAAUCCUUUCUCCCUUUUGUAUACUUGUUGAUAUAUUGUCCCUUUUCUUUCAAAUAAAUAAUUAAUAAUAAUAAUAA